CGGUUCAACCACGGAGCGAAGUCGGCAGACCUUUUCGUUUCUCGGUUUGUGAUGUGAGGUCAAAAAUCAGGUGUAUAGAAUUUAAAAGUCCAAUUUUAAUAUUCAAAAUUAUUCUUGAAGUAUCGUGCUAUUCAUUUCGACUAGUAAUUAUGUCAAGGCGUCAAAGCAUUAAAAUUUAGGCUCAUCUAUACUAAGAAACCGAAUAUCAAAUACAAAAUCUUUGCAAAGUUAAGCAUUCAGAUUCUGAAUUUCAGUCAAAAUUUGUGAGGGUUAAUAAUUUAAUCAAGCAAAAUGGGAGUUCCAGCAUUUUUUAGGUGGCUUACUAAAAAGUACCCUUCAGUUAUUGUACACUGCAUUGAAGAAAAGAAUGCUACAAUUGAUGGCACUGAUGUUCCUCUGGACACAUCAGCCCCUAAUCCAAACGGGGUCGAAUUCGAUAAUUUGUACCUGGAUAUGAACGGGAUUAUUCAUCCAUGCACUCAUCCCGAAGAUAAACCAGCGCCGAAAAAUGAAGACGAGAUGAUGGUUGCUAUUUUUGAAUGCAUUGAUCGUCUAUUUCGAAUUGUUCGGCCACGAAAAGUUUUGUAUAUGGCGAUUGAUGGAGUGGCUCCUAGAGCGAAAAUGAAUCAGCAGCGAUCUCGGCGUUUCCGUGCUUCAAAGGAAACGAGUGAAAAAAUAAAGGAAAUAGAUCGGGUUCGAGAAGAAUUGAUUUCCAGGGGGUGCGAGGUUCCUCCAGCAAAGGAAAAAGGAGAACAUUUUGACAGCAAUUGCAUUACUCCGGGAACGCCAUUUAUGGACCGACUGUCCAAAUGUCUUCAUUAUUACAUUCAUGAUCGUCUGAAUAAUGAUCCUGGCUGGAGGAACGUGAAGGUGUUUUUAUCUGAUGCAAAUGUCCCCGGUGAAGGUGAACACAAAAUAAUGGAUUUUAUCCGGAGACAAAGAGCUCAGCCUGACCAUGACCCCAAUACUGCACACGUUCUGUGUGGAGCUGAUGCAGAUCUUAUAAUGUUAGGAUUAGCAUCUCACGAACCAAAUUUCACAAUUAUCCGAGAAGAAUUUAAGCCAAAUAAGCCACGCCCUUGUGACAUCUGCGGUCAAAUUGGACAUGAAAUGAAGGAUUGUCUAGGAUUGGAGAAAGAAGUUUGCGGUGAACAUGAUGAAAUAGCCGCUCCGUUUGCUUCGGAAGUUGAAUUUAUUUUCGUCCGCCUUAACGUUCUUCGGGAAUACUUGGAAAAGGAGCUUCAUAUGCCAAAUUUGCCAUUUCCUUUUGAGUUGGAACGAGCAAUUGAUGAUUGGGUAUUCAUGUGUUUCUUUGUUGGAAAUGAUUUCUUGCCACAUCUUCCAUCGCUUGAAAUUCGUGAAAAUGCAAUUGACAGGCUCGUUGAACUGUACAAGAAAACGGUUUAUAAAACUGGAGGAUGGCUGUCUGAUAGUGGAAUUCCAGACCUGUCGCGAGUUCAACUUAUUCUUUCUGACCUUGGAGAAGUUGAAGAUGAAAUAUUUAAAAAUCGUCAGCAAAAUGAACUCCGAUUUAAAGAUAGAAUGAAGGCCCAGAAACGUAGGAAGCAAAUGGAGCAACAGGCAAAUUCAAACUGUUAUUCUAGACCAGCGUAUCUUCCUGGUGGUCAAUUUGCGCCAAUGGCAAUUGGAAGCAGUCCUUCUGCUAUUCAUGAAGCAAAGAAUGAAGCUUAUAACAUGCGGCGUCAAGGAAUGCACACCAACGUAGACAGUGCGACCUCGAAAUCGAACACUGCGGCUGCUGCUGCACUAAAGUCCAUGUUGCAAGAAUCCCCAAAGUCUGAUUCUGGCCGAGAUGACAGCUUCAACUCUUCUGGGUCCAGCUUUAGCCCGAGUCCAAGUCCUAGCCCAAAUUCAAGUCCUUACCAUCAAGGUGUAAAAAGACCUCAUGCUGAUGAUUCCGACGAGGAAACGAAUGAUGAAGUUCGACUGUGGGAAGACGGGUUUAAAGACCGUUAUUACGAGUCAAAGUUUGAUGUUGCAGUAGAUAAUUUCAAAUUUCGAAACGAAGUGGCUUCACAAUAUGUCCGAGGACUGUGUUGGGUGUUACGUUACUAUUAUCAGGGUUGCGCAUCAUGGAAGUGGUAUUUUCCGUACCACUAUGCACCUUUUGCAUCCGACUUUAUAAAUGUUGGUGACCUUUCAACAGAAUUUGAAAAGGCUACGCAACCAUUUAAGCCUUUGGAGCAAUUGAUGGGCGUAUUUCCAGCUGCGAGCCGAUCACAUGUUCCGGCUCCAUGGGGCGAAUUAAUGUUAGAUCCGGAAUCAUCAAUCAUUGACUUUUAUCCAGAGGAUUUUCAGAUAGAUUUGAAUGGGAAAAAAUUUGCAUGGCAAGGAGUUGCUCUACUACCAUUCGUCGAUGAACUGAGGCUAAAACAGGCCCUUGAAUCUUGCUAUGACCUGCUCACCGAUGAUGAAAUAAAACGCAAUGUUCGAGGUGAUGAUCGGUUGUACGUGUACAAAAACCAUCAAGGAUUUGAGUUUUUAAACGGGUUAUAUGAAAAUGAGUUUGAUCCAAAAACCGAAACCCCUCUUGACCCAAAACAAUUUGACGGCGUUUCUGGAAUGGUUCUGGUUUCCGAGGAUAGGAUUCCACAAAAAGGGCAGUUGAGGUCCCCUAUAAACGGUUUGCUAGACAUAGAUGAAAAUUAUGUUGUCUGUGCGAGAUACCGAGAUCCAAAGUAUGCAGAAGACUACAUAUUCCCAGCCAAGCGUUUGGACGGAGCCAGGGAUCCACCAAAAGUACUAAAGCCUGGUGACCUAACUCCUGAUCAAUCUCGGAACUGGAGACCUAUGAUUGGAAUGACCCAUUCUACACAACGAGCAUCGUUGGGAAUGGCGGGUCACAGAAUGAUGGCAAAUGAAGGAUAUUCUCGUGACCGAAGGGGUGGAGGUCAAGGUCAAUAUAGCAACAUGCCACCACCCAAUGCUUCCGGGCCAUAUAGAUCAGAUCGAUCCUUUCAUCAAAAUCGAUAUCAACCAUACAACUAUAAUGACCGACGAGGAGGAGGAGGUGGAGGAGGCGGCCACUACAACCAACGAGAUGGAGGCUCAUGGAACAAUUUGGGAAGAGGUGGUCACAUGCCUCGCGGAGGAGGAGGAGGAGGUGGUUACUCUAAUUCCUAUUCGAAUAAUCAAGGGUCGAAUUACGGUCGUUACGAUGGAAACUCUGGGCUACCUGAAGCAGUACGAUGGCAACGGCAAUGGCAACGGAAUCCAAUAAGAUAACCUCUCCAGAUAACCACCAGAAGUGCCAUCAAUGUACAGAAACCCCACGAUAACCACCUACAGGCCGCCACACCCCGAUAACAACCUUCAGGCCGCCACACCCAGAUAACAACCAUCAGGCCGCUACACCCCGAUAACCACCAUCAUGCAGCAAAAUUCCGAUAACCACCAUCAGGCAACAACCCCCUGAUAACCACCAUCAGGCAGGAAAGCCCCGAUAACCUCAUAUCAUCAGGCAGCUUAUAACUACGGUGGUUAAACCACCACCAGGCCGCAACAUUCUGAUAACCACCAUCGACCAACAACGACCCGAUAACCCCACUUGCUCACAUUUAUUUUUAAAAUUAAAAUUUUUGAAUUUUCGCGCCAUUUGAAGUUUAACUUUCCCUGAUUUCACUUCCGUCACGGAAAAUAACUUUCACUUCCGUUGCCAACAAACAUUUCCAGCUUAUAAUAUAGAGAUAUGUCUCAUUUGCAAUUAAGGACAAAUCCUUUGAAUAGUUCAUUUUACAAGUCAUUUGCAGACACGCAAAGAGUAAUAAACUAGAAUAUAUUAGUAUUAUUUAUGAAGCCUUUAGAAUUACUGCGAGAUUUCGUGCUACAAAACCUUUCGUACAAGAGUUAGCAGUGGAUAAAGUAGGGUCAAAUCUUUCAUAAGCUAAGAGCUUAGAUUUUAUGCAAACAAAGGGGCGCGUAAAUUCUAUUGUAUCCACGAACGCUUCACACCAAAGAGAACUUAUUUCGUUCGUUCAUGAUUUCACACAGAAUCAUUUAAUGUUAGUCAUUUACAAUAGUGAACGAGGAUUAUUUUUUAAUAGUCAGUAAAAAAUGAUGUGGAACUGUCAUUAGUUUGUAAUAUAUAUUGGUGUGAAGAUGUUUGUAAAACGGAUAUAUUCAUUUGGG